CUUAUCACUUAUAUCAGAUGUACAGAGAAAGGGAAAGAGAGAGAAAGUUGCAGGUUUUAUUGCAGAGGUGUGGCAGCGCGAAGAGAGAGUAUUUUAACUUUAUAUGUGAAAAUAAUUAUCUCUCUUUCUCUUUCUAGCUGUUGCUAUUUCCUCUUUCUCUCUCUGUUUUUUUCUCUGUUCUGAACACUCGAUGGUAGCACUGUAUUUUCACAGAGGCCUAUCUCUCCAGAGCGAUGUGAUUGCACAAGCAAAGCUAAGCUACUCUUCUUCUCCAUUAUAGGAUAGGUUACCUAAAAUUCGAACACCCGGAAAAAAAAAACAAAACAAAAAACAUAGCCUUGGUUGGUUCUCUCACUUCUUCACUUCACUGCAGUAGCUGCAUUCAAUGUCGACGACUUCAAUGAGAGCUUAACUGCUGCUUCUUCUCAUCUUUUUUCUUCUUCCGGGUACUAACUGAACGGAAAGGUCUAACCUUUUGAGUGAAGAGUGCUUAGACGUUGUUGUGUAAAGAGGUUUGAGGGGAUGGGUAGUCUGGUUUGACAAUUGGGUUUUUAACGGGCAAUUAUGGCAGUCCGAGUGCAAUUUUUCUUCCUAGCUCUUGUUCUCUGUUUGGGAUUUGGUUCUGUGACUUCCGACGACGGAUCAACUUUAUUGGAGAUAAAGAAGUCAUUUAGAGAUGUAGGCAAUGUUCUGUAUGACUGGACAGACUCUCCAUCUUCAGAUUACUGUGUAUGGAGAGGAAUCACUUGUGAUAAUGCCACCUUCAAUGUUGUUGCACUUAAUCUGUCAGGUUUAAAUCUUGAUGGGGAGAUUUCGCCUGCAAUAGGAAAUCUCAAAGACCUGGUUUCUAUUGAUCUCAGGGGAAAUCGUCUCGCUGGGCAGAUCCCUGAUGAGAUUGGCGAUUGCUCAUCUUUGAAAAGCCUGGACUUGUCAUUUAAUGAGAUAUAUGGAGAUAUACCAUUCUCAAUUUCUAAGUUGAAGCAACUAGAAUUUCUGAUUUUGAAGAACAACCAGCUGAUUGGGCCAAUUCCAUCCACACUGUCCCAGAUCCCAAACUUGAAAGUUUUAGAUCUGGCACAGAAUAGACUCAGUGGGGAGAUACCUAGACUAAUAUACUGGAAUGAAGUUCUGCAAUAUCUUGGUUUGCGAGGAAACAAUUUGGUGGGUACGCUCUCUCCAGAUAUGUGCCAGCUAACUGGUUUGUGGUAUUUUGAUGUGAGAAACAACAGUUUGACUGGGAGCAUUCCUCAAAAUAUAGGCAACUGUACUUCCUUCCAGGUCUUGGACUUGUCCUACAACCAGCUAACUGGAGAGAUUCCAUUUAACAUUGGGUUCUUACAAGUAGCCACAUUAUCCUUGCAAGGUAAUCAGCUGGGGGGAAAGAUUCCAUCUGUAAUUGGCCUAAUGCAGGCGCUUGCGGUGCUAGAUUUAAGCUGCAACAUUCUAAGUGGGCCAAUCCCUCCUAUUUUGGGAAAUUUGACUUACACAGAGAAAUUGUAUUUGCAUGGUAAUAAGCUGACUGGAUCCAUUCCCCCAGAACUUGGGAAUAUGACGAGGCUUCACUACUUGGAGUUGAAUGAUAAUCAACUCACAGGGGGCAUCCCAGCAGAGCUUGGAAAACUCACUGACUUAUUUGAUCUAAAUGUUGCUAAUAACCAUCUUGAAGGGCCUAUACCUGAUAAUCUUAGCUCAUGUACAAAUCUCAACAGCCUCAAUGUGCAUGGUAACAAGUUGAAUGGAACCAUCCCACGCGCAUUUCAACGCCUUGAGAGUAUGACGUAUUUAAAUCUCUCCUCCAACAACAUUAGGGGCAAUAUUCCAAUCGAGCUGUCUCGGAUUGGUAAUUUAGAUACUUUGGAUAUUUCUAAAAACAAAAUUACUGGGUCUAUUCCUUCUUCCCUUGGUGAUUUGGAACAUCUCCUAAAGCUGAAUCUAAGCAGGAAUCAAUUGUCUGGAGUUAUUCCAGCAGAAUUUGGUAACCUAAGAAGUGUUAUGGAGAUAGAUCUUUCACAUAAUCAUCUAUCCGGAGUGAUUCCUGAGGAACUUAGUCAACUUCAGAACAUAUUCUCAUUGAGACUUGAAAACAAUAAUCUUUCAGGUGAUGUUAUUUCCCUGAUCAACUGCCUAAGUCUUACCAUAUUAAAUGUUUCUUACAAUAACCUAGCUGGAGUUAUUCCAACUAGCAAUAACUUUACAAGGUUUUCAUCAAACAGUUUUAUUGGAAACCAGGGUCUUUGUGGCUACUGGCUCAAUUCUCCAUGCAACGAGUCUCAUCCAACAGAACGAGUUACAAUUUCUAAAGCAGCUAUCCUUGGGAUUGCUCUUGGAGCUCUUGUUAUUCUCCUCAUGAUCUUAGUGGCAGCAUGCAGGCCACAUAAUCCAACACCAUUUGCAGAUGGAUCACUUGACAAACCUGUUACUUACUCAACACCAAAGCUGGUGAUCCUUCACAUGAAUAUGGCACUUCAUGUGUACGAGGAUAUCAUGAGGAUGACUGAGAAUUUGAGUGAGAAAUACAUAAUUGGUUAUGGUGCAUCCAGUUCUGUUUACAAAUGUGUCCUUAAAAAUUGCAAGCCAGUUGCCAUCAAGAGACUUUACUCUCACUAUCCUCAGUGCUUGAAGGAAUUUGAGACGGAGCUGGAGACAGUGGGAAGCAUCAAGCAUCGGAAUCUGGUCAGCCUUCAAGGAUAUUCCCUGUCCCCUUCUGGGAACCUUCUUUUCUAUGAUUACAUGGAAAAUGGCAGUCUCUGGGAUCUCCUUCAUGGCCCUACAAAGAAGAAAAAGCUUGACUGGUAUACUCGUCUUCAAAUAGCUAUUGGAGCAGCUGAAGGAUUAGCAUAUCUCCACCAUGAUUGUAGUCCGCGCAUCAUUCACAGAGAUGUCAAGUCAUCAAACAUUCUAUUGGACAAGGAUUUUGAGGCCCAUCUCACUGAUUUUGGCAUUGCAAAGAGCUUAUGUGUAUCAAAAUCUCAUACUUCUACCUACAUAAUGGGCACUAUUGGUUAUAUAGAUCCUGAAUAUGCCCGCACUUCCCGACUUACAGAAAAGUCUGAUGUCUACAGUUACGGGAUUGUUCUACUUGAGUUGUUGACUGGAAGGAAAGCAGUUGACAAUGAAUGCAAUCUCCAUCAUCUGAUCUUAUCGAAGACCGCCAACAAUGCUGUUAUGGAAACUGUUGAUCCUGAGAUAACUGCUACAUGUAAAGAUUUAGGUGCUGUAAAGAAGGUUUUUCAGCUUGCCCUUUUAUGCACCAAGAGACAGCCAGCAGACCGGCCAACUAUGCACGAAGUGACACGUGUUCUCGGUAGCCUUUUGCCAUCGGUGCCAAUUAAACAAUGCACCACCCCAGCACCACCUCCCCCACUUCCAUCUGCCAAAGUGUCUUGCUACAUGGAUGAUUAUGCAAAUCUCAAGACUCCACACAUGGUGAAUUGCCCCUCCAUGAGCACCUCAGAUGCACAACUCUUCCUGAAGUUCGGCGAGGUAAUUUCCCAGAACAGCGAAAGAAAUAUUCCAGUAUCAUAAUAGUAGAAUAGUAAGUAGUGGUAGAUAUCCAACAUUGGGUAUUGGGCUGGCGGAUGCUCUUUUAUUUAUUUUCUUUUGCCAAGGGGUUAGUGGAUCAGCGAGUGGAAAUUGUGUAUAAAGAUUUGGGAUCAAUUAUUGUAGUUAAGAAAAAGAGGGUAAAAAAGAGAGAUGAGACUACUUUUACCGAUAGGUAUCAGAACUCCAUGUAUGUAUGCUGUACAAUAUAAAAUCAUUGCUGCAAUUUGUCAUUUGUCUCAA